GUAGCCUUUCUCAAUUGGAACGGAAGCCAUGAUGGAAGUUUGCGAGAGCAGCGAGAGAAACGAGUCAGUAGGGAAAGGGACGUGUCAGGGAAGAAGUGCGGGCGAGUAAUACAAUUACACAGAUUUGUUAGCUAUGUUUAAGGUGGAGGCUGUCAAUUUUCCUGUCAUAUUUAGUUCCGACGACGUGGAUCGUUUUGUCGGAUCAGUCCUUUUUUGUUGUUGAAGAAUUGACAUGCUAACUAGAUACGCUAGCCAUAUCUAGCUACGUGUGUGCAGAGAUCGAGUGUGUGUGUCACAGUCACUAUUCUGGGCAAGGAACGUCGGGGAGAUUUCUCUCCGCUUUUCUGGCAUAAUCACGGCGCCUUUGGCGAAAUCAGAUACUUGGUACGCUCUUAAAAUACAACGGUUCGAGGGCUGGAUAAUUAAUCACCUAUUCAUCUGGAGGAUUUUGUGUCAAAUUGUGGGAUCUGGGAAGCCGGGCCUGUGGUGGAACGGAGAGAGGCCCUGUUUUAUGACCCAGCAGCAGCAGCAGAAGCUAUUCUAGCUAGUACGGCUAGCUUAGCUAACGUUAGCUGUCAACGUUUGACACCAACGGGAUUGCGAGGGAGAAAUAUUGGCAGCAUUUCAUACAAAGGCAACAACAAUACUUUCUCUUAAUAUAAACACGUUAAAGACUCCUGUGACAGAUAUGGCUGCAAUCAUAAAGGAAAUUGUCAGCCGAAACAAAAGGAGAUACCAGGAGGAUGGGUUUGACUUGGACUUGACUUAUAUUUAUCCGAACAUAAUUGCUAUGGGCUUUCCUGCUGAAAGACUUGAGGGUGUCUACAGAAACAACAUUGAUGAUGUAGUACGGUUUCUGGACUCUAAGCACAAAAAUCAUUACAAGAUCUAUAAUCUGUGCGCUGAGCGACAUUAUGACACAGCCAAAUUCAAUUGCAGAGUUGCACAAUAUCCGUUUGAGGAUCACAAUCCGCCCCAGCUGGAGCUGAUUAAACCGUUCUGCGAAGAUCUUGACCAGUGGUUAAGUGAGGAUGACAAUCACGUGGCGGCGAUUCACUGUAAAGCUGGAAAGGGACGUACGGGUGUCAUGAUCUGUGCAUACCUGUUACACCGGGGAAAGUUCCUCAAAGCACAAGAAGCUCUGGACUUCUAUGGGGAAGUCAGGACCAGAGAUAAGAAGGGAGUGACAAUCCCCAGCCAGAGGCGCUAUGUCUAUUACUAUAGCCACCUUCUGAAGAACCAGCUGGAUUACAAACCAGUGGCUCUGCUCUUCCACAAGAUGGUGUUCGAGACAGUGCCCAUGUUCAGUGGCGGAACGUGUCGGGACACUUCCGUUAAAAACAAGAGCGAGCAGAUUCCACAUGGUUUCAGGAAAGGGAAUUGGCACUGGGAUCCUCAGUUUGUGGUGUACCAGCUCAAGGUAAAGAUCCACACGUCCAACCCGGUGAACACGCGGAAGGAGGAGAAGUACGUGUUCUUCGAGUUCCCCCAGCCGCUGCCCGUGUGCGGAGACAUCAAGGUGGAGUUCUUCCACAAACAGAAUAAAAUGAUGAAGAAGGACAAGAUGUUUCACUUUUGGGUGAAUACCUUCUUCGUCCCUGGACCAGAGGAGAACUUUGAGAAGGUUGAGAACGGGACGUUACCAACGGAGACGUUACCAAAGGAGCAGGCAGGAAUCCAAACAGGAGGAACGGGGGACAUCGACAAGGAUUUCCUGAUCCUCUCACUGACGAAGAACGACCUGGACAAGGCCAACAAGGAUAAAGCAAACCGAUACUUCUCCCCCAACUUCAAGGUCAGUCAGGUGAAGCUGUACUUUACCAAGACCGUGGAGGACAUCUUCAACUCCGAGGCCAGCACUUCCACCUCGCUAACGCCAGACGUUAGUGACAACGAGGCGGACCAUUACCGAUACUCUGACACCACAGACUCUGACCCGGAGAACGAACCGUUUGACGAAGAUCAACACACGCAAAUAACGAAAGUGUGAGAUUUUUAUGGGAAGUAAAAAAAAUAAAAUAAAAAUACCUUUUCAGAGGGGGAAAAAAGGAACUUGAAUAUAAACUGAAAAGCAAGUACCUUUUUCCCCACCAACCUACAGCAGCAGGACAUUUGCGUCACGGAAUAUGCCACCAAUUUUAGGAACAAUCCUGACCAAGUUUUCUUUGUUCUUUUGAAAUGUUUAGCCCCUCCCCCGCUCGUUCAUCCGGAAAGUAUUGACACCGUUGUUGAGUGGGAAAAGGUUCAGUAGCUGUAGUGUUAUACCUUUUUGUGUCAAAGACUAUAGAAGAAGAUUUCCUAUGUCAGGAGAUGUGAGAUCCGGUAUUGGAAAGGCUUAUUGGAAAUCAUAAAUUUCACUGCUCCAUCUCCUGUGGAAACCAAGGCCAGUGCUUCUGUCACUUUCUCCCACUUCAUUCAUUGCCCUCCACCAUGCCCCUACCACCCCACAUACCACCCCUUCCAUCCUGUCUACUGUGAAUGCUUCUUGUGCUUUUUGCAGGUGGUCUCACAUGAGUUUGUGCAGUGUAAACUGCAUGUUAGAAUUUCUCCCGUCGACUUAUGAUUAUUAUUGUGAUUAUUAUUAUAAUUAUUAAGCUACAUGACAUCUAACCAAUGUCCAUGCCUUCUAUCAUGUCUGUUCAAGGUAUGCAGAAACCCAGUGUCCCAUGUAUUGUUGAUGUUUUUAUGUUAAGGUAAAUAGAACACAAAACGGCAGGGAAGCCAGUGUUGCAAUAACGUGAACACUAUAGUUAAACGACAAACGGUGUGCAUGUUAUUGGAAUCGUUGUUUAAUAAAUUGUAUACCAUGUUUUUCAACAACAAAAAUAGAUUUCUAAAGCUGAUUUUAUUUAGCCAGGAGGUCUAAUAUGGCAUCCUUUAUUUUCAUGGUAUCUGCAGGUAUAACUUCAGUCUUUUGGCAAGCCAUUUAGAAUGGCCUUGUGUUUUAUGAUACAGUACAUGGCGUCGCCCCCCCCCCCCCUUUUAACAGUAACCGGAUACAGUUUUAGCGAUCAUCACAGAGGACAAUGGUAUCAUGUUUUGAAUUCAUUUUCAGUGUGUAAUGUGCUUAUAGAGGGGUAAUCUGUUCCAAAUGUGUACCUUAUGACAUGCCGUACUACAGCAUGUAUCCAAACCUGCAUUAGUGCGUCUGGGUCGGUGUCCCCUCAGUCUCUAGAAAGUUUUUCGACAAACUGCACUUUUUGUCAUCUUAUUAUGUGCAUGGACCAGAAGUGGUGACGCUGACCUAGUCUUGACACAUGUUCAGUAAGGCCAAUAGAGGUGACGCUUGGUAAGAGACCGAGGCGACAGAGUGGGAUUGAAUGUAAAGCUUUGUCUGUGAACCGAUCCAGGGGUGUUUAAUGCAGGUUUUGAUCAACCCAGGAGUGGAUAAUAUGUGAACUUAGGUGCUCUUUAGGUUGUUUUUUUCCCCUCUUGAGACAUCAGAUCUUUUACUCCUUGAAUGACUUGUUUUGCAGCCUUAUCGUAUUUGGUCCAAUGAGAUCCGGAUCACUUGUACAUCCAACAAAAGGUGCUUAAACUGCCAAGCUGCAUGCUUACGAUUCAACAACAACGGAGCCAAGAAUCUGUACCUAUCCUAUGGUGCAAGUAGCUUCAGUGGCGUACACUACUUCUGUGUGAGAACUUUUUAAUGUGCACAACCACGUGCAUCUUUCUGCAGUUGCUGUCCCUAACUGGUUGGGGUUAUUUCCCUUUUCGUUGCGUUUUUCCGUUCUUCUCCUUUUCAAAAACAGGUUUCAUUCCAUUGGGGAAUGAAAUUAGCGCAGCUACAGAUUUGACAAAAUCUUGUGCUUGCUUAUGGAAUAUAAAGAGCCCUAUAUAUGCGAAUAUUUAAAUAUGUAUCAUUUAUUUUCAGCAUGCCAAAUUUUUUGUAACACCUGGCCUGUGGCAUGCCACGGGCCAGACCCAGGAAUCUGCACUGAGGGUAGUGAUGUAAGCUGCCUUUUCCUGUACUCUUGACAUUAAGGCUUCCCUCUUUUCAACAAUCCAUCGCACAUGCCGUUUCAUCUCGCCUUGUUUUUAGACUACUUUCCCUAGGUGUCUGUUUCUUUUGUCUGUUUUUCUUCAUCGUAAAGUGUACCCUAGCCAACCCAGGAACACUUCAUCUAGAAUUCUCUUUUUUUUUGUUUACAUUUUAUGACAUCACUGAAAACCUGCCAAAAGUAAGCUUGAUAAUUAUUUCUUUUUGUUAGUUUUUUUUCUUUGUUCUUUAAGGUGGGGCCUAUGGGAGAUAUUCUUUGCCUUACUUGAAGUUGACAAAGCUUACUCUGCUAUUGCUUUGAAAUCUACCAUUCUGCCCAAGCACUGACUUGAUAGUUAAAGUACUUAUUUAAAGCUACUAUUAAUAGAGCAAUAGACUUUUGCACUGUUACAGGGUUUUGCAGGGUCUCAGUCAGUGAUUCAGUCCCCCCCCGGUUGCUCCCCUUAGUAAACAAAAGCCUUGUGAUCAGUGAAGGACGGUGGAAUAAAAUGGCUAGGUGUACCUUAAUCUUGUAUUCAUGCAUCCCCCAUAGAAACAACAAUUUGUUACUUUGACUGAAAAUGUCCUGACCCUUUUUUAUUAUUUUAAAGAAAAUAAAUAAACAUUUGGAGAAAAAAAAUUGAAUUAACUAUUUGACGGUAUUCGUGUUUUCUGGUAAAGACUCUCUGCAGGUAAACUAUCGGGCAAAAAUAUAUAUACUAUCUGGAUCCAUUUGCUUACUAUUCCGGAUGUUCAGCAGCUUAAACGUAUGAAUCUAUUCAAUGGCCUCACUAUUAAGGAGCUUAUGUUUAAGAGACAUUUCUCAAUGUUUCAGCUUCAUUUUCAUCUCCAGCACCACCCCAACAUCAACACAUGUGAAUCGCUUCUAUGUUUAGUAGUAAAAAAAUUAAAAGACGCCGAUAACUGUUUUUCUAAUGACAACAUCGGUGUGCAUCGUGUGAUUUAUUAUUAUUUUUUUAACCAAUUAUGAGUAGGCUUUGUCUACUAAUUGGUUGAUGUCAUUGUAAAGCUUAGAGGAAGAUGAGUGUUUCCAAUGACAUCAUCUAAUUAGUAGGAAAUGCCUACUCAUAAUUGGUUAAAGUCACACGAUGCACACUGAUGUCAUUGGAAACACUUAUCGUCCUCUUUUUUUAGCUGCAAAACAUAGAAACAUGCAAUUUUCACAUGUUGAUUUUGGGUUGGUGCUGGAUUUAAGGCCACAGGCCAUCCCAUCCCCUAGACAUCUGUGGCCCUGAUUCUCAAAACAUGUUACCACAGUACCUUAAAGUACAAAUUCCUAGGGAAACAUACAGGAACCUUUUGGCAUGGGCUAAAACUUGUGGAGUUCACAGGCAGCAUACACAAGGUUCAGCUUAAAAACAAAGUAAAAUUAUUUUAAAGGUGCCAGUGUGUAGGUUAAGUUUCAUGUCACUAGUUUUUAGCUGAUUUGUGCAAUAUGUUAUAAUGAUGCCUGUGGUUGCCACACAUUGCCUCUCAUUUACAGUUGAGGGGGGAAAAAAAGAUCUUGUUAAAUACUGUUCUAGAACAUGCCAUGCAUGCAGAUGGAAGGGGUGCAAUAAAUCAAGAGGUGUUACCUGCAGAAGUGGGCGGGGCUACCUCCCUCCCGCCACUCCAUUGUUUUCUUUGGGUUUUUCUCCCUGGGAUUAUUUUUGUGCAGAGGUAUGUUGGCUAUAACUCAUUCUAUUUUCAAUCUUUAAAAAAAAAAACAACAGCCUUAUUCCAUUUCAGCCUGUUCGGAUACUAUUGUGCUGUGCAACAGUUGCUCUGUGUGUAAUGCUAUGCACUGAGAAUACACAACCCACGAUGUAAAAUAGAAAGACUUGUACAGGUUAUAAUUAUGCUCAUACAAAUUAGAUGUCUGUUUGUUAUUGUAUGUGUAAACUGCCCUUUAUCUUAGUGUUAUAAACUUCACAUAAAUCCAA